ACGUACCUAUAUAGAAAACGCCCCUUCACUAUUGAGGGAUAGGCUCGUGAAUAUAAACGCUAAACAAAGAAUAUCGACACGAGGAAGAAAUACUUUUUUCAAUCGGUGAAUGCUUUUAGUCAUUAAACAUAAUAAUUUCCCGUUUCCUUUGUGGAAGUAACAAAAUUGAAGACACAACAUAAUGGCUGGAAGUAUCAAGCAAGAGGAUGUUUGCUAUGUGGUUGCAAAAUACGAUUAUGAGGCGCAGGGUGCCCAGGAGUUAGAUUUGAGGAAAAACGAUCGUUAUCUGCUGUUGGACGACAGUAAGCACUGGUGGAGAGUACAGAAUACACGUAAUCAGUCGGGUUACGUACCGAGCAACUACGUUAAGAAGGAGAAAAAAUCCGUCUCAUUGUUCGAUAGCUUUAAGAAGAAGGUUAAAAAGGGUUCCGGCAGCAAAACGCUACCCAAUUGCUCACCUUCUAGGCAGGUCGAUAGUCCCACAAUGAGUCGACGGUUACCACCGGAUCCUUCGGAUGCCAUUGCUUCCACCCCGAUAGGAACUGCUAUAGUCAAAUACAAUUAUCAGGCGCAACAGCAAGAUGAACUGUCGCUGACCAAGGGUACGCGGAUAUUGAUACUGGAGAAAUCAAACGACGGUUGGUGGCGUGGCCAGAGUGGCUCAGCGACUGGAUGGUUUCCCAGCAACUACACAACGGAGGAAAACGAAGACGAUACGCUGCACACGUACGCAAUGGCGGAAAAUGUGCUCGACAUUGUUGUGGCUCUAUACUCAUUCAAUUCGAACAACGAUACGGAGCUGUCUUUUGAAAAGGGUGAUCGGUUGGAAAUUCUUGAUCGACCAGCGGCUGAUCCAGAAUGGUACAAAGCCCGAAAUAAUAAUGGUCAGGUUGGAUUAGUACCGCGUAACUAUUUACAAGAACUGUCGGAAUAUUUGGCUCAACCGUUUCGGAGCAAUGGUAGUGGUCCGGAUUCACUUGAUCGACGACCUAACGAUGCGCAAUCGAACAACAACAACUCCAACACGAACAACAGUAACAACAAUAAUUCCCAGCAACCUGAGAGACCCCAUCUGACCGGGAAAAGCUGGUACUACGGUGCUAUUACACGAAGUCAAUGUGAUACGGUGCUAAACUCUCACGGACACGAUGGAGAUUAUUUGAUUCGCGAUAGUGAAACAAAUCUGGGUGACUAUUCUGUAUCGUUGAAGGCCCCUGGUCGCAAUAAGCAUUUCCGUGUGCACGUCGAAGGUAAUAUGUACUGCAUCGGACAACGUAAAUUUCACACACUGGAUCAACUAGUGGACCAUUACCAAAGAGCUCCCAUUUACACCAACAAGCAAGGCGAGAAGCUGUACCUUGUACGACCGUUGCCGAAAGCGAAUGGUACCUAAGCUCUCGAUAUAGUUGAAUGCAUAAGUCACCUGAUAUUAGCAGGUCGCAGCGACGGAAAAUCGUACUCAUGGUUAACAAACAUGUUGACUAAUUUGACUCAUAGCAUUAAAAAAUGGUACGGCAAAGCGUCGAAAAGCAGAACGAAGUGCUGGUUAGAUAAUGUGGGAAUUUCAAUCGAUUGCUGGGACUAGUUCGUGACAUCGUGGUUUGCCGGUUUGCUUUAGGAUGCAAAGUUAAUUGUUUUAUUUUAUGCUGUGUAUGAAUCUUCUACUUCAUUGAUUUUAGAUGUCGAUUUUUAAAUGUCCUACUGAAUUUUAAUUUUGGUUUGUUUAUGAAUUUUAAU